AUGAGUCCCAUGGUAUCAGAAAAGGAUUACAGUUGGAAGAACAGGGCUGCUCCUCUACAAGUAUCUGAGACAGAAUUGCCAUCAUCUAUUCCACCGCAGACAGGCCUCACGUUUAAUGUGUGGUAUAACAAGUGGUCGCAAGGAAAUAGUGGCCAGAGUAGGUUCGUAAGCCCGUAUAAGCUCGACCCCGCAGAUCACGAAGGGUACACUCGGGGAGACAAGACCAAGGAGAGUUUUUUUUGCCUGUAUUUCUCCAAAGGUAUGUGCUGUCUGGGAAGGAAAUGUAGCUACCUGCACCAUGUUCCUACGACCGAGGAUAUUGCAAAACUGUCACUACAGUCGAGUGUCUUGGAUUGUUUUGGAAGGGAGAAGCAUUCGAGCUAUCGAGAGGAUAUGGGCGGUGUUGGAACUUUUCGCAAAAUCAACCGUACACUAUAUGUGGGUGGUCUUUCCGGCGCCCUCAACAAUUCAUCCUUAAAGCCUAGCCAGGUGGAGAAUCGCGUUCGAUAUGCCUUUGGAAAACUCGGCGCUGUAGAGAGGAUACGAUACGUCGAGGCAAAGAAUUGUGCAUUUGUGAAAUAUAAACAUCAAAGUAGUGCCGAGUUUGCCAAGGAGGCCAUGAGUAACCAAACCUUGUUGAUACCGUCAGACAAAGAAUGGGACGACAGGAAAGAAGGAACUGGACUUCUAGUGAAGUGGGCUAACGAUGAUCCGAAUCCAGAAGCCCAGCGCCGAGAAAAGGAACAGCAAGACCAAGAAUCUUUGAGCGUGAUGCUAGACUUACUCCGUAAAAACGAUACAAAAGUUGAAGGAGACAUGAUUGAGAGCGAACCACAGACUAGUAAGAGACUUCUGGAAACAUCUGCUGCCGAAGAUGAGUUUCGCACGACUUCCAUCUUUAGUGGACUACCGGCAAAUAGCUUGACUGGACUAAAAAGAUUGAAGAUUGAGAAGAAACCUGCAGCAAUACUCAAAACUGGACUAGUUGAAUACGCGUCUUCUGAUGACGAGCAAUAA